AGAAGAAGGGGUGAGGAAAAAUCUGCAUCAAGAACAAGGGAGAGAAUCAAAUGGUUGAAGUGGAAAUCAAAGGCCAUUGUUUGGUGGUGGUGGUGAGGAAAAGGCCUGCUCAAAAUAAUGCUGGGUGGGUGCAUGCCCCAGGAGACCCCAGAGGACAGCCCCUGCCGUUUCCUCCCUAGGGAUGGGAGACCACCAGCGCCUCCUUUCUCUGAGAAGUCACUGUGGAGGCAGCAGAUGUUACGGAGGAGGCAGCAGGUCCAGUCUCGAAGAAGCGCGCUGCAGCCAUUGCUACUACUGAUGUGUUUCUUGGUGGCUGGAUCUGCUGCCCCUUUGGAUUCUGCCAUCCAAGGCACUUGCCUCACCUUGCCUCAUGUGUGAGUCGGCCCUGGAUCUUGUGCAUGCAAAACACAGUAGAUGAGAGGUGUGUGGGUGAUGUUUCUAGAGAGAACAGCCCAGGAAAACAAGUCCACUAAAAUAUUACUGCCACGAACUUGGAUAUGUGAAUAGGAUAUUAAAAUAUGGUCAUAUUUAAAAGGUUGCAUGGCUCUCUCCUCGGCAAUUGCUAGAAGUAUUUUAGAUGUGGCAAAACACCUAAACAGAAAGCACUUCUCAAGGGAAGGAUAUUUAGAUCACUGUUACUGACUGAAAGUGGAUGUGUUUCACAAAGUGGGUGCACAUCAUCCAUGUCACCAUGUGGCUAGUCUCAGUUUUGCAGCACUUGUGACAUGCAGGUUACAUAUCAAAUCCACUUGUCACACAGUAUGAUCUACCCAGGACGUGCACAUAAAUUCCCUAUUGGUAAAACAAUACAUGGAGUGCCCUGAUAUGGAUAAAAAAGAGCCAGCAAAGACCUUGGCAGAGUGCUCUUAAUAACUUGUGGGCUUUUAAAAUCCCUGUUUGAGCAUGGAAAAUGUAAGUGACCUGAGAAGACAUUAGGAGAACUCAAAAUACAAACUGGUAAUUUCCCCAGCAAAAUAUAUCACUGAGUGAAAGUUUUAUGUCCUCUGAGCUUACUGUAUUAAUUUUAUGCAUGAGUGCUUUAUUUUUGCCACGUGAGAUAUAUCACUGGCUUACUAAAGCAAAAUGUCAUUUGCCCCCCAGAAGGGAUUUGGCCACUUACACUUUGUCACCAAGGAUCACUGCAGAGAGAUAAUGUCGGGCUGUGACAUGCAAUUCCUCAUAUGUUUAUUAAGUGAUUAUAGAUCUAUAGCUAUAUCUAGGUGUUUGUUUUGUGUGCGCAGGGUUCACAAUCUCAGAAAGAGAUUUUAAAAAACAAGUUAUCAUCAUGCUUUAUUUUGAGUAUGAAUUCAACAGAGUAUCUCCGGCAGUCCAGCCCUGCUACGCAUCAGCCUACACAUGUGACUGCCAGGGAAUGAACCCGUGAUUUUUCUAGACGCAAAACAGUAUUCUACCACUCAGUUAUGAUUCACAGGGCUGCACAGAGGCCAUAAAGAAGGAAGCAGAAUGAUUCUUACUUGCAACUGCUCUUCUCUCUAUGCAGUCAUGCAAGUUGCCUUCCUUCCUUGCCAUAAAGUGCUUGUUAAGACCAUACCAUCAUUGGUCAGGCCACAACUUUUCCUAAUAAAUUCUUAGCUUCACAAUGCCAUCCCCAUAACCAUCCUUCUAUUUUAAAAAUAUCAUUACAUCAAAGGAAUAUUUUUAUUAAAUUUUAUUAAAUUGUGUAUUCCAAAAGGUGACCAAUAAAUUCCAACUUUGAGCAUACUGUUUAUGCUUAUUACACCCCUCCUUGCCUUAGAAUGAUAGAAUAAUAGAACUGUAUAGUUGGAAGGGACCCCAAGGGUCAUCUAGUUCAACCCUGUGCAACCCCGUGGAGGAAUCUCAACUAAAACAUCCAUGGCACAUGGCCAUGCAACCUCUGCUUUAAAACCUCCAAGGAGACUCCACCACCUCCCAUGGGAGUCUGUUCCAAUGACAAACGGCUCUUACCACCAGAGGAACACACAGUCUACCACUAAGCUGUUGCUCUUCCCCAAGGACGAGAAGAUGGCAAAGUUUGGAAAAGGAAUUUGAGUAGGAGCUACCAAAGCAUUUGCUUAGUUUGGAUAUUCUUGUCACUGCUUAUCCCGAACUUGCAUGCCCAGUUUCAACCCCUGCUGAGUUUUCUUAUUGACUCCAGCAAGAGCAAAAUCUAACCUUAAAAUCUCAUCUUUUCUGAAGUAGGAACCUCAUUUACUUUCAUGCCAUUAUGUUAGUUCCCUUGGCCCUGCAGCCAUAUGAAAGAACAUUUUAAUACCUUCUUGUUUUCUAAAAUGUUCAAUUUCUUUCCCUUUCCAGAACACAACUCCCAGGAGUUGGCGUGUUCUGAAAGGAGCUGUUAAUAGCUUUUAAUGAUAACGGAAGGGCUGUGAUAACUCUGGGUUUCUCUGUAGCAGGGCCCCCAAAUUGCUGACCAUUGAUCCCGCAAUAUGCAUUGGCUUGAGAAUGAAAGUAAUUUCCUCUUUUUGAUGUUCCUUGUGCCUUACAGAGAUGGAAAAUGUCUGCUAAUGCAUUAUAUUUCUAGGCUUGUUUUCAUUCCAUCUCGUGAAACGUGACACAUUAUACCGUAGGGAAUCAGCUCCAUGGUGAAAUCUCCUUAAAUGAAUCUGUGAUGAAGUGACAAAAGAAAAGUCAAAGAAUGAAUUUGCUGCAUACACCAAUUCCCAUCAAUCCCAGCAUAUGACAAGGAAAUGUAACAACUAAUGAAACGGAAUAAUCUACCCUUGUUAGACGCUUCGUCUUAGCAAUUGAUGUCUAGGGAAAAGGCAUGCAACUGACAAGCAAAUCUCUAUAUUGGUCACCAAUCCAUCAUGACUGCCCCUUGAAUUGUAACAAGUCUGGAUUAGGAAUGCCAUCAUUCUGCUAAAGGCCACAUGGAAAGAUUGGCUACACAGCAUUGUAUGACCAACUUAGGUCAAAAUCGUGGCAUCCUCCAGUUUUGAAUGAGAUAUAUGACACUUCCAGAAACAACCAUUGCAUGCCGUGGUUCAAUCGUUGCAUCUUCAGGUGGAGCUGGGAAUUGUCCCUUGUCUGAAACCAUGAAGAGGGGCCACGAGUCAGUCCCAAAAUGCUGAGCUAGGUGGACCCGGGGCCUGUUUUUGUGUAAGGCAGCUUCCUAUGUCUCAGUGGCCACUUGCUAAUGCACAAAAUUGUCCACCCCUGACUUCAGUUACCUGUUACCAUUGUGAAAUCAGGGGGUUGGUAGCUGGACAGCUCCACCCACCUGUCAGAUUUGGCCCACAAGGCUUUGCUCUGGCCUGCAGAGUCAAAAGUGAUUUGCGCAAAAGCCCCUGUAUGAUAGAGGAUUUUGUGAAAAGGAUUUUUAUUAGCCUGCUCAGUCCUCUGGCAGCUGGACACAAUCUGUCUCCCUGAGGCCUUCUCAAAGUUUUAUAGAUUUACUAAGAGCAAAAAGAAAUUAUGGCCUCCAGCAUUUCUAGGUCAGUGCCAUGUGUCAAAGGAGCUUAGCCUUUGCGUUUUGUGGCACUCCCAGCAAAGCCUACCUGUCUGUCUGUCUGUCUGUCUGUCUGAUGGGUAAAGCUGCCCAUCAAUAAAUAUUCUCUGGGUGACCUGCAAACAAAACAGUAUUAAAAAUUCAAUUUAAAAUCAAUGACGGAUAAGUAAAUACAGCCCCGCACCUUGCCAAUCCUUAUAACAGAGACAACAUAACAUAGUUUACAGCCUGGAUUUAAAACAGAAUUAAAAGAUCUUGGUGAAUAAAAAGGUCUUCCCCUGAUGUCAUAAAGACCACAGAGGUCUCAGGGUAUAGUCUGAAGGCAUCAACCUGAGCUCCUCUGGGGCUGGUCAGCGUCCAGAUGGCAGAACUCUUAGAACUCACAUGGAUGCCACCUUGUGCUCCACGAGGGGAUGGAAAUGUUAGAAAAUAAAAUAGAGAAGUCGUCUGACGGGCAUCUCUCUGUGGAAGCCACUCCAUAUCUACCCAAAAGGCAGUCAA